AUCAUUCUAUGAAAUUUCCAGAAGAGGUUGUUCUUUGGUUGCUAAAGUCACCAAAUUCCAGAGAUAUACCCACUCUAAUUGGGUUGUCCCGGAAGCACAAUUCUGCAAAUGUCAAUAAAUUAGGCUUCGCAGGAAAAGCCGAUCAUUGA